AUGACAGGCAAACUACUGGAGAAGCUGCCGGGGACCAUGAACACUUUGCUGAACCAAUUGCCUGACAAUCUGUACCCGGAGGAGAUCCCCAACUCUUUGAACAUCUUCUCCGGCAGCAGCGACUCGGUGGCUCACUACAACCAGAUGGCUGCAGAUAAUGUUAUGGACAUUGGCUUAGCGAACGAAAAAGCCAGCCAGGAAUUGUCCUAUUCGGGGACUUUUCAGCCCGCCCCGGGCAACAAGACUGUGACCUACCUGGGGAAAUUCGCCUUCGACUCGCCCUCCAACUGGUGCCAGGACAACAUCAUCAGCCUGAUGAGCGCCGGCAUCCUGGGGGUGCCGCCGUCCUCGGGCGCGCUCACCAGCACGCAGAGCUCGGCGGGCAGCAUGGGGCCGCCGCAGGGCGACGUGGACCAGAUGUACCCCGCGCUGCCGCCCUACUCCUCCUGCAGUGACCUCUACCCGGAGCCCGUCUCCUUCCACGACCCCCAGAGCAACCCCGGCCUCACCUACUCCCCCCAGGAUUACCAGGCGGCCAAGCCCGCCUUGGACAGCAACCUCUUCCCCAUGAUCCCAGACUAUAACCUCUACCACCACCCCAACGACAUGGGCACCAUCACGGAGCACAAACCCUUCCAGAGCUUGGACCCCAUCCGCGUCAACCCGCCCCCCAUCACCCCGCUGGAGACCAUCAAGGCCUUCAAGGACAAGCAGAUCCACCCGGGCUUCGGGGGGCUGCCGCAGCCGCCGCUCACCCUCAAACCCAUCCGGCCCCGCAAGUACCCCAACCGGCCCAGCAAGACGCCGCUCCACGAGCGGCCCCACGCCUGCCCCGCCGAGGGCUGCGACCGCCGCUUCUCCCGCUCCGACGAGCUCACCCGCCACCUCCGCAUCCACACGGGCCACAAGCCCUUCCAGUGCCGCAUCUGCAUGCGGAGCUUCAGCCGCAGCGACCACCUCACCACCCACAUCCGCACCCACACCGGCGAGAAGCCCUUCGCCUGCGAGUUCUGCGGCCGCAAGUUUGCCCGCUCCGACGAGCGCAAGCGGCACGCCAAGAUCCACCUCAAGCAGAAGGAGAAGAAGGCCGAGAAGGGCUCGGCCGGGCCGCCCCCCGCCGCGCCCCCCACCGCCGCCGCCGCCACCACCUCGCCCCCCGUCGCCCUCGCCCCCGCCGUCACCACGUGCGCCUGA